AUGGAUAAUAACUUUAAUCAAAAAUUUUUAAGUAAUAAUUUGUUAAAUUUGUUAAAAAGUUCUGAAGGUUUUGAUAUAAAAAUUAUAGUUGGUGAAGAGCCAAAUAUUAAGGAAUUUAAAGUGCAUUCACUUAUUUUAUUGUCAAAUUAUAUUUAUACUGAAAUAUUUUCUGUUGAAAAUAAUGUUAGCCUUAUUGACAUUUUUAUUUCUGCUAAUGAAAUUGAAUUACUUGAACUUUGUAAACAACUCAAAAAACAUCUGUUUGAAAUUGAAUCUGCAUGGAAAUUUCUGAAAGAUUUUAUUUCAUUAUGCCAACAUAAUGAUGCUAAUUUAUAUAAUAUUGCAUUUGACCUUGUUUGUAAAAAUCCAAAGGUUGUUUUUAAAUCAAAAGAGUACUUAAACAUAAAAGAAGAUCAUUUAAUCUCUAAAUGGAAUCAAACAGAUUUCAUGGAGUUUGAAAAAACUACACAUAAUUGUAUUCCUCACAUUAGAUUUUUCCAAAUGUCUCUUCAUGAGCUUCAUUUGAUUAAAGCUCAAUAUAAAGAAAUUCUUCCAGAUCUUUCUGAUGAGAUUUUCCAUAAUUUAGAUCCCAAGCACAAUUUUUUACAAAAAAAAAUCCUAAAUUCAGAAGAAAUAAUUGGUGGAUAUAAUCCAUUAGAUUGGCAUAGCAUAGAAUUAAUUAAUAAUAGAAAUAAAAUAUUACCAUCUAAUGUUUAUAAUAAUUAUAGAUGUAAAGUAUUAAAAAGUUUUAUAUUUUCAUUAUUUUCAUUUUCAAAAGGAGCAAUUCCUUGGUUAAGUCAUAUCUAUACUAAGAACAAAGCAAUUGUUUGGUGUAAUAAUAAAGGACCAUGCUUUGGCUUACAAGAUUUGUGA